CGGGGCAGGAUGAACAGCUCCGACGAGGAGAAGCAGCUGGAGCUCCUCGCCAGCCUGAAGGACCAAGCUAUUGGCGAGUAUGAAGAGCUUAGAGCAGAAAAUAAGAAAACGAAAGAGGAGUGUGACAAAAUCAAGCAAGAACGAGAUGAGGCUGUCAAAAAACUGGAGGAGUUUCAGAAAAUUUCUCACAUGGUUAUUGAGGAAGUAAACUGUAUUCAGAACCAUCUUGAAAUUGAGAAGACGUGCCGUGAAAGUGCUGAGGCUUUGGCUUCUAAGCUGAACAAAGAAAAUAAGACCUUGAAAAGAAUUAGUAUGCUUUAUAUGGCAAAACUGGGCCCAGAAAUUAUCACUGAAGAGAUUAACAUUGAUGAGGAUGAUUCAUCCACAGAUACAGAAGCAAACUCUGGAUCAUGCAAUUCUGUGCAUUGUCAGCAGCAAAUAAAAGAGCUGCGAGAUCAAAUCAUAUCUGUUCAUGAGGAAAAGAAGACCUUAGCCAUUGAACUGGAAAACCUGAGGUGCAAACUUGUAGAAGUAAUUGAAGAAGUGAAUAAAGUGAAAGAAGAAAAGGCUGUUUUGACAACAGAAGUUAACAAGCAGCAAAAACUGUUGGAGAAAUGUAACAGAGUGUCUGUGCUGGCAGUAGAGGAGUAUGAGGAGCUUCAUGUAAACUUUGAACUGGAAAAGAACCUGCGGAAGAAAGCAGAGUCGUUUGCACAAGAGAUGUUUAUUGAACAAAACAAGAUGAAAAGGCAAAGUCAGUUGCUUCUGCAAAAUUCCGCUCCUGAUCAACAGCUUUUGAAGGCUUUGGACGACAAUGCUAGGCUAACCCACACAUUAGAAGAAGAGAGGCUUCAACACCAACAAAAGAUCAAAGAAUUGGAAGAGCAGCUAGAGAAUCAAGCACUGCAUAAGGAGAUUAGUCGUCUUAAACAGCAACUAGAACUUUUGGAAGAAGAUAAAAAGGAACUAGAGCUUAAGUGUCAGAACUCAGAAGAAAAAGCUAGAGACCUGAAGCAUUCAGUUGAUGAACUUCAAAAACGAAUACAGCAGUCUGAAAAUCCUGCACCACCUCCUCCACCGCCACCCCCUCCUCCUCUUCCUCCUCCCCCUCCUCCUAACCCUAUACGGUCUCUCAUGUCAAUGAUUCGCAAGAGAUCUCACUCCAACACAAACGUGAGCAAGAAGGAGAAACCUCCUCAGCAGGAGUCAGGUGAAGAAGUUACGGAUCUGAAGAGACAAGCUGUUGAAGAAAUGAUGGACAGAAUUAAAAAGGGAGUUCAUCUGAGACCAGUCAACCAGUCAAGCAGGCCUAAAACAAAGCCAGAAACACCAAAGCCCUCUGAAAGUGCAAUGAAAGAAUUAAAAGGGAUUCUGGAAACACUGAAUAAAUCCACUAGUUCCCGAAGCUUGAAGUCCCUUGAAGCAGACAGCAGUGAAACAGAGCUGGAACGGGUUCUGCGUCGCCGGAAAGUAACCACUGACCAGGACAGUGGCAGUCCCACUGGAAUCUUGGCCACAUCAGAAUCAAAAUCUCUGCCUGUGCUAGGUUCGGGAGCCAGUGCCGCACAAACAGCGUUGAACAAGAAAGACCUGGAGACAGAAUUCAGUUCCAAAGUACCCGACUCGGGUCCUGUCUCUAACCAGCUUAAGGGUGUCACGGGCUCCAAGCCUACAUUACAAUCAACUAGUCAUACAGAAUUUACAAGAAAAGCUUCUAGCAGUGAAAAAGAGACAGAAUCCGUUGUAGUUUUAGAUCCUGUUUCCACCAGUGGGGAUCAGAUGUCUGAAAACACGCUGAAUCAGAAGAAAAUGAAAGAAGAAAAAAGCAAGCCGCUGCAUAAAGAAACUAAUGUUGAGAAAAUAAAAGAAACAGACAGUUCUAACUGUUAAUUGUUAUUCUGAAAGGCUGUAACUUUGGGGAGUCAUUAUCUGGACAUGUAAAUUGCUUAGGUGUGUUACUAGGGGCUACGGUCUGUACUCCAAACAGUUUUCAAUAAUAUAGAUUGAAACGGUCUUUUGUAUGCAGUUUUGUUACAUGCAUUAAAGUGUUAAAUAACUAUGUAUCACUCAAAAUCCCCUUCCCAUUUUAAUUUUGCAGGUAUGGUUAUUAUUUUCUUAGAUAAUGUCAGUUACCUUUACUUUAAAACUGUAUUUGAAAAGGCUUUUUUACUUAUUCUUCUAUUGAGAAGAUGCCUUGUUAAAGGUCCGUUCUAAAGCUUGCCAGAAGCCCCUUGCAUCCCUCUUGAAUCGGACAGGUUUGGGUUAGACCCUGUGAAGGUGAUUACACACACAUCAGCUUUAGGAUGGGGGGUAUUACUAAUGAUUAAAAAAUCACUGUUUAGACACAUGGUUUUAAAAAUAUUUUGAUAUCUACUUAAGCCAAGAUCUUGUAGGUCUCCUUACUGCUGUCUCCACACACGCCUUUGUGAGGAAAUUAAAAGCACAAGCAUCACACUUCUGUUUCCGAUUCCCCAGUGGACAGGUAGCCCAAAGACUGAAAAGCAGAGGCAGUGCAGCAUGUCAUUUUGGUACCAAGAUUUUUGGUAACGACAGCCGAAGUCAGAAGUUUGUGGGUUGAGAUUGGUGCUCUCAUUUGGAUGAACAGCUUUUCAAAGGAGGACUUAUCUCCUGGUUUUUGUUUUAAUGUUACAUAGCAAAGUUUGGAACUGCUUUUGUCUGCCUUUACUGCUGCAAAAAAAAUACCUUAUCCUAGGCCCCUGUGAGUAUGGACUACAUCGGGGAUUCGGUCAUUCUAGGAUUGCAAGUUACUUGGAAUCAACGUUUUGAGAACUCCCGGCUGAAGGCUCGCAGCACUAACAAAUAAGCCUUUGCUUUGAACCUGGUACACACUGGUGGCAUUAAUUUCUUUAUUAGGUAACACUUUAGGUGUCUGUAUUUGAUGACACAAAUCCCAGCUUCCCUCAGCCCUUAUUUCCUACGAAGACAGUGAGAUAGGUACGUAAUUGAUUUGCUUCACUGCCAAUGCACAUUCCAUUGUAGUCUCUCUCUAAAUUCAACACAGUAUCUCAUUUUCUAUAAUGAACGAACAAAUGUAAUCAGGGAUUUACCUAAAGAUCGGUGCAACUGAAAUUGGGUGGUCAAGUACUUGAGUGCACUUGGAUUAUUUUUUAUUUAAUGAUUUGAAACAGUGAUAGUACUGAAGGAUGAAUGUUCUGAGUUUGUUGGUUUGGCUCUGCAUGCAACUGUCUGGUGCUUUUCCUAAAAAUAAAACGAUAGUAACGAGUGUGGUA